AUGAAUCAUAUUAUAAAACAGGAAAUGACCUCUUCAGAGCUCAUCCAAAUUGCAACUUUAAAAUUCAAGCCGUCCCUUCAGCAGGGAACUGAGCUGCCACUUUCAUUUCGCGACGUCUGCCGUCAGCUUCAGGCGGUUCCAGGCGUGUCAUCCACGUAUUUUGGCGAACAAAUCGAGCGUCGUGGAACAUGGACCUGGAUCAUCCGCUGGGCUUCUCCAGCCGCACACGACGCAUUUCUUGCUUCACCUAGCUUUACGAACUGGAUUUCUUCAUUUCGUGCCAUCGUGGACACCUAUAUCUUCUGGAAAGCCUUGGUUCGCGGAAGCCUCAGUGCCACAUUAAAUGCCCCCUGCACCGAGGUCUUCACAGCAUACGGAACAUCUGAUACCUGGCUCGAGAUGCGAAUGAAGCCCUUUGCAGAAAAUGUCGAUUCUGCCAAACUCCCCGGUCACCACGGCUCAUUUUAUGGGCAGUAUGACGUCCUUAUGCAUGAUACACCGAAUCCUCCUGAGGGGAAUACAGUUAGCAUGAUGCUCGGUUGGGACAGCAAAGAGGCGCAUCUAGCCGAGCGUGGCGAAGGCAAAGUAAUUGACAAAAAUAUUCAUUACACGAGAGAGGAGAGAAAAUCAGUCGACAUGUACCACGUCAAAUUGAACAGACUUUAA